AUGACAGCUCUUUCAACGGGGGUCACUCCACCUAUCAGUACAGAUCCUCCGAGACCUAGUGAUAUUCAGGCUUCAGAAGCGUUGAUGAAAGAUCUCAUAGCUUUAAAUCAGUUCGAAUCAGAACAGGAACGCAAAGUCAGAGAGAGAUUACUUUCCAACAUCGCUCAGCUGGUCACCAAGUUCGUUCAUGACGUUUCUAUCAAAUCUGGCUUGUCAGAAAAGGUGGCGUCAGAAGCAGGCGGAAGAAUAUACACUUCUGGUUCUUAUAGACUUGGUGUUCAUGGUCCCGGCUCAGAUAUUGAUACAAUCUGCGUUUGUCCUCGACAUGUGUUUAAAGAGCACUUCUUCGGCGAGUUCAAGGAAAUGCUGAGGGCAUGGCCUGCCGUCACGGAGAUCUCAGCGGUUGAAAGUGCUUUCGUACCGGUGAUGAAGACGGUCAUAUCAGGCGUGGAAGUGGAUCUACUAUUUGCGAGAGUGAAUUUGGCCGAAGCUGGAGAUAAGCUGGAUUUAGAAAAGGAUGAAAUAUUGCGAGGAGUUGACGACGCUUCACAAAGAGGUCUAAACGGUCCAAGAGUGACUGACAUGAUACUCAACCUCGUACCCGAUGUUGCCACUUUCAGAACGGCUCUGCGGACCAUCCGAUUAUGGGCCAAGAGAAGAGGGAUCUACUCAAACGUCCUCGGUUUUCCCGGCGGUGUUGCAUGGGCUUUACUCACCGCUCGAAUAUGUCAACUCUACCCUACGGCUGCACCAGCGACCAUUGUCGCUAAAUUCUUUCCCAUCUUUUACCAAUGGGGUUGGCCAAAUCCAGUCUUACUGAAAAAAAUUGAAUCAGGUCCUCCCAAUAUGCAUCAUUCCGUUUGGAACCCAAAGCUCGACCGCCGAGAUAUGGCACACCGUAUGCCCAUCAUCACUCCCGCUUAUCCUUCCAUGUGCACCACUCACAAUAUCACAGCCUCAACCAUGUCUGUCAUCAAAAACGAGAUGCUGCGCGCUAUGCAAGUGACCGACAGGAUAAUGAGCAACCCGGGCAGUUCAUGGAUGGAAUUGUUUGAACAAAUCGACUUUUUUAGCAUGUACAAGUCGUAUGUACAGGUGAUAGCAUCCGCAAGCACUUCGGAGGGUAUCAAAGAUUGGGGUGGUACUGUAGAGUCUAGAAUUCGGACAUUAGUGCAAGAUUUGGAAAAUUCGGACAAUAUCAUCACGGCCCAUCCACAAAUGGGUGGGAUCAGCGCCACAUUUCUAUGCCUGACAGAAGAGGAGCAAGCGGCCGCAUCUCAGGGAGAGUUGAAUGUGGAGGCUAUGAAGCGGACUCCGGAAGAUGUGGCCGGGGAGGACUAUAAGACUGUGUAUACAAAGAGCUUCUUCAUAGGGCUGGAUAUCGCAAAGCGAUCGAAGGACGGAUCCGGGAGCAGAGUAUUGAACUUACUGUAUCCUAGCAAGCGGUUUUGCGCGGCAUGUCAAUCAUGGGACAAGUACGACGAACAGGAGAUGAGUGUCAUAUUACGUCCCGCGAAAAGGAACGAUCUCCCGUUUUACUGCUUCCCCGAUGGACUACCAAAGCCGAAACCAAAGGGUAAACGUGGCCAGCCCAGCAAUGCAGCAACGCCGAGCGACUCAAGCAAUGGUCACACACAAGACCCCACACCUCUUAUCACCCUCAACGAAGAUACACCAGCUCUUCCUGCUUCUGACGAAGGGGAUCCCUUACCUCCAUCAAGCGAUAAAGUGGAAGAAAUCGCCCCUCCUCCAGGUAUAGAAGAUCUCCCUCCAUUGUCAGCCACCGCCAAGGCGUCGUUCGCAUCGGCAGCCAAAGGUGUGACCACCGAUGGCGCGAACACAGAAGGAAAGGUUGUUCUGACUGGUCCGAACGGAGACACGGAACCUCCACCACCGGCCUUGGACGAAAAGAAGCUUGACGUGAACAAGAUCGUACCACAAGUUUGA